GAAUUUGAUAUUUUUUUUGUGCUCGCCACAAAUCAUAAUAGAAUUAUUACACCAAUAAAUUCUUAUUAAACUCUAAAUUAUCUUUGACUGAUAAUUUUACGGUGUUUGUGUAUGUUCGUAAGUUUGAGUGUGUAAGUGUCAGUGAGUGUUUGUUUGGAGUAAAUUUUGCCUUUGUUGACUUCUGGCUACUGCAUUUGGCCAUGGAUUUUCGAAGCCUUAACAAUGGUGUCGGCGGCAGCAGUGGAAACAGAUUUGUCUGUCCCAGCGAUAGACAAUUGGCAUUGAGAGCAAAAUUACGUGCCGGCUGGAAUAGUUCCCAGGUCCAUGAACCCUUGCGACCUGAAGAACAGGCUGCCAUUAUCUCUGUUAUACAACGCAAUGAAGAAAUCGAAACGGCAGAACGUCAAAGAGUGGGUCGCCUGGUGGAUCGUGUGGAGAAAAUCAAAUCAAGGGCUGUGGAAAAAGGUCCCAAUUGUUGUCGUUUAUGUGGUGAUGCUUUUGGCAUUCUCAGAGCUCAACGCAUAAUUUGUGAAGAUUGCAAAAAGUCAGUCUGUCCCAAAUGCAGUCUGGACAUUAGCAUACGUUACCAUACUGUCGAAAAAUCCAAAGAAAUUUGGCUAUGUCGCAUAUGCUCAGAGACCCGAGAAAUGUGGAAAAAAUCUGGUGCAUGGUUUUUCAAAGGUCUUCCCAAAUAUGAGAUACCCACCUCAACAACAUCGACACCUACCCGUAGUACAGCCUCAACCUUAGCCACAGAGGCUUUGAUGGCUCAACGUAAGGCGCUUAGUUGCCAGACUACUCCAACACGUAAUGUGCGCAUCAAAAAGCUAACCAUAAGAGUAGCAGAUUCCAGUAGUUCCGAGGAAGAGGAAAAUGCCGAAGGCAAAGAUGUGCUGGAUGGGGCGGGCAAUGCCAUGAAUCAAUUGGUCAUUGGCUCGAAGCUUAAUACCAACACCAGUCCCACCACCAGCACUGAUAUCAGCCCCAGCAAACUGCAGCGUGAAGACAGUUUUCGCAUGCGUACUUUUGGCUCCAUACGCAGUUUUAUUGAUGGCUCCGCUGCCGGAGGGGAGAGAAAGCUGUCGAAUGCCUUUUUCUUCAACAAUCGCUCAAGUUGCCGCAAUGAGGGUAAUGGACAACCAGAAUAUGAUACCAUAUCCACAGCUUCCACAGUAUUGACCUCAGCUUCCCACUCAAACAAUCGCAGAGAGAGUAAUACCAAUUAUAGCUCAAAUCAUAGGCGAAGUUCUGUGUCCUCUUCGUGGUCCAUAAGUGAUAGUUCUUCGGGCACCUCGGCCACCACAGGCUCCAUGUCGGGGGGAGCCAAUCACAUAAAUGCCCAUUGCAGAGAUCCUUUGCUGGGCUGGUUGGAAGUUUCCAUAUGUUAUAGGGAAAAUUAUCAUGCGCUAGAUGCUUGUGUGGUAAGAGCCAGAGAUUUGCCACCCAUGGAUGCGGCGGGUCUAACAGAUCCCUAUUGUAAGUUGAAUAUAAUAACGGCAGAGGGUACUGCAAAGUAUUUACGCUGGUCAAAAACCAAAUGUGUGCAUAAAACCAGAAAUCCAGAAUUUAAUGAUACGCUGCAAUUUGUGGGUGUGGAACCCGAGGAGCUGGGUAAUGCCUUGUUGUAUGUGGCCAUAUUUGAUGAGGAUAAAUAUGGUCAUGAUUUUUUGGGAGCAGCAAAAAUUUGUCUAUCAACGGUGCAUAAUACCAAUUUGUAUAGAAUUUCGGUACCCUUGGGUCCAGAAGAUCAAUAUAGCAAUGCAGCAGAAAUGUCCCAGGAAUGGCCACAUGGUAAAAUGCUGAUAUCCUUGUGCUAUAAUACCAAGAAAAGAGCUUUGACUGUCAAUGUUAAACAAUGCAUUGAAUUAAUACCCAUGGAUAAUAAUGGUUCAUCGGAUCCCUUUGUGAAAGUGCAAAUGAAACCCGAUUGUCAUCGCAAUAAGAAAUGCAAGACCAGUGUCAAAUGGCGAACCUUGAAUCCCAUCUAUAAUGAGGAAUUCAAUUUCGAGGCUGGACCCCAUGAUCUGAAUAAACAAUCAUUGAUUCUCACCGUUUGGGAUAAGGAUUUGGGCAAAAGUAAUGAUUUUCUGGGCAGUUUGGUCAUAGGCCAUAACAGCAAAGGUGAAAGAUUGCAGCAGUGGUUGGAUUGCAUACGUUUGCCAGAUCAUUAUCAUGAAAAAUGGCAUUGUUUGGCUGGUGAUAAUCCUUUGCAUUAGAAAGGGGUUUUUUAAAAUUAAAGUAGCAAGUGAGAGAGUCAAAGCAGUGAAUUAAAUUCCUUUUUAUAUUGACUAUUUAAGUUAAGAAAAGAAGAAAACAUAUUUGUUAGCAUCUGAAAACAUCUUCACUCAGAUGUCUUGGUUGCAGCAUUAAUCAAAGCAACCUUUGCAAAUAGAGUAACAAAAUAUGACACAGAGCGCCACAAAGACAAACAACAACAAUCACAAUGAAUGCGUAAUUCACAAUAACAGUGUUUGCUUUAAUUGAGAGUCUUUCAUAUUUGACACAGUCAUCAUGGAUUAACAAUGGAUGCGUAAUUCACAAUAACGGUUUUUGCUUUAAUUGAGAGUCGUUCAUAUGUGACACAGUCAUUAUGUAUUUACUCUCUCACAGUCAUUAUGUAUAUGCUCUCUUUUAAGGUGAGAGCUUACAUUGAAUAUGAGAGGCCUAUGGGUUUGUAUUGGGUUGCCCAAAAAGUAAUUGCGGAUUUUUUAAAAGAAAGUAAAUGCAUUUUUAAUAAAACUUAGAAUGAACUUUAAUCAAAUAUACUUUUUUUACACUUUUUUUCUAAAGCAAGCUAAAAGUAACAGCUGAUAACUGACAGAAGAAAGAAUGCAAUUACAGAGUCACAAGCUGUGAAAAAAUUUGUCAACGCCGACUAUAUGAAAAAUCCGCAAUUACUUUUUGGGCAACCCAAUAGCAUUUCAUCAUUUGUUUAAGUGUGUGCCAAUAUUCAUUGUUAGGGCCCAGAAGUUGUAUUGGUAAAAAGAGUAAAAGAGCAUGUUACAUCCAGAUAAAGAGAUCACCCAAAAACUUGCAGCAACAACCACGUGGAGAAUAGUUGGUUUGGGACACAGAACCUUAAGGGGUUUGUUGUAAUGCUUUCUACAGAAUAAUGGGUAAUAUUGGACUCCUCAUCUUCCACUCAACAUUUUUCUCGGUCACACGCACUCUCCCGUUGUCUUCUGCUGGCAAACAAAAUACGCGAACGACAAACACACUUUUAAUUUUAAAGCUCCUGAAUUUUAGCCUGAAGCCCGUUUAGACUGCUCACUAAAUCCGGAUUUAAGGCUCUCGCCAGCUGAUGUCAUGGAGGGAAAACAGAUGAUCAAGGCAUUAAAUCUGAAUUUAAAGAGCAGUCUAAACGGGCUUAAGGCUAACAUUCAGGAACUUUAAAAUUAAUCAGACCAAUCUCACCUUAUCUCACCAGUACCCAAGACGCUUGUCCCUCUUCUACCGUGCCUCGUUGGAGAAUUUCCACUCGCAGAGCAUCAGCAUUGAUUUCGAAGACUGUUCAAAACAACAACUGCCUUGCAUGCUAUAGAGUUCCCCAAGGCGGGGUGACAACACCGGCACUCUUUAAACCGUUACAUAUUUCACCCCUCCAAACUGCAUAGAGAUUGUAUCAUAUGCGGACGACUGUACGUUCAUCAAGCGACAUCUGCUCGAGGAUGUCAAAUGUGAACAUCUUUACGAAAAGUAAACAGGCCAUAGGAGCAAUAACAACCAGGACGGUCAUGUCAUAUUCAUACCACUGGCCGGCUGUUCUCAAGGCCCCUUAGGUCCUCCCCGGGUCCAAUUUUUAGACAUGUUUUUGCACCACUUCCACUUCCCCCCAAGGGGAUUAUGAGAGAGAAGAGAUUAUGGCUCCUAGGGGAACCAGGAGCCUCUGCUCCAUAAACACAACUCACUGCUACAACAACAAACAAAAAAACUGUCAUGUUCAUACCGUAAAACUGGCCAGCUGUUCUCAAGACCCCUUAGGUCUUUCCCGGGCCCAAUUUUUAGACAUGUUUUUGCAUAAUCUAUUCGAUACCCAUAUUUCGUAGGCUGGACCACUCCCCCCUCCCCAAAGGGGAGAUUAUGGCCCAUAAGCGGACCAGGAGCCUUUGCCCCAAAAACGGAUUUCAUAUUCGUGUUCCUGGGAUCAACAUUAUAGGGGGUGCAAACAUUAAAAAAAAUUCGGGAGUGAGCCCUGUAAAAUGCAUUUUUUCCGACCACAACACACUCCUACAACAACAGCUACAACAACAAACAAAGAAUUGUCAUCUUACCACUUAGGUCCUUCCCGGGUCCAAUUUUUAGACAUGUUUUUUUAUAACCUAUUCGAUACCCAUAUUUUCUAGGCCCAUAAGGGGACCAGCCUUGUCCCAAAAACGGAUUUCAUAUUCGUGUUCCUGGGUUCAACAUUAGAGGGGGUGCAAACAUUGAAAAAAUCGAGAGUGAGCCCUGUAAAAUGCAUUUUUUCCGAACACAACACACUGCUACAACAACAACAAACAAAGAAUUGUCAUCUUCAUACCGUAAAACUGGCCGGCUGUUUUAGCUGUUCGCGUGAGACCUACAUUUUAAAUCCACCUUGGGGACCAUCAAAGACAAGACAAAGUAGUACCCGCAAAUGGCUUUGAUUUUGCAACAAAAGGUUUUUUUUUGAUAGCGAGAUAAGUGUGCCGUACUUUUAUUCUUCCUUCUUCUGUCUCAUUGGAUAAUUUUUAGGGCUUUAAUGUUUGCACUUCUUAAAUAUAAAAAUGUAGGCCGGUAUUUACAAACUUAACGUAGAUUUGAAAUAGGUUUAUUUGACACAACUGUCAUAUAGAACUGUCAAAUAAACCUACUUAAAAACUUCAUUAAGUCUUGUGAAUAAGGCCGUUAAAAUCUGAAACUCCCCAACUAGUCAUUGCAAAAUCCUUUGUGUCUUUUAAUCUGAACAAUUUUGUUACUCUAUUUUUUCUAUUAUAAACAGUAAGCUUUAGAAUUUAUAAAGCUUUUUCUACUCUCUCUCUCUCUCUCUCUCUCGCUUUCGCUCUCGCCCCAUGCAGUUUAUAAACAACAAGCUUUCAUAGAAAACCCCACAACAAAAGAAAAUCUCCGAUCAUGGAGCUCGUCUCUAAAAAGAAACACACAAAAAGCCAAUUUUAUUGAAGCAUUUAGCAAUCAAAAUAACAAGAAUGUCUAUGUUCUCCUUUUUUUUACUUGCAUACAUUCUUGCAUAAAAAUAUACAUUCAUAUACAUACAUACAU